AGGGCGGGGUCAUGUCUAAACUGCUGCUCUGAGUCACCGGAGUGCUGCCCAGGAAAGGCAGGGCUGGGGUGGUGACCACGCUAACGACCCAGUGGGAUUUCGCGACAUCACCUGUGUGGAGGGACUUCGUAUCUAUGGCAACUGUCACCUGGUGGAAGGGGCGGAACUAGAUUUCCUCUGCUUGGGACGCUGACAUUCCAAGCCCUUGCCCUGCAGGCUCCCGCAGGCAGACGAACCAAAGAAGGAAGCCAGGGAAUGGCCGCGGUGUGGCAGCAAGUCUUAGCAGUGGACGCGAGGUACAACGCCUACCGUACACCAACGUUUCCACAGUUUCGGACCCAGUAUAUCCGCCGGCGCAGCCAGCUGCUGCGGGAGAAUGCCAAGGCUGGGCACGCCCCAGCACUGCGUCGGCAGUACCUGAGGCUACGGGGUCAGCUAUUGGGCCAGCGCUACGGGCCACUCUCUGAGCCGGGCAGUGCUCGCGCCUAUAGCAACAGUAUUAUCCGAAGCAGCCGAACUACCCUUGAUCGAAUGGAGGACUUUGAAGACGAUCCCAGAGCCCUGGGGGCUCGAGGACACCGCCGUUCUGUCAGCCGAGGCUCCUACCAGCUGCAGGCACAAAUGAAUCGUGCAGUCUAUGAGGACAGGCCUCCCGGCAGUGUGGUGCCCACAUCGGUGGCAGAGGCAAGUCGGGCCAUGGCCGGGGACACAUCGCUGAGUGAGAACUAUGCCUUUGCAGGCAUGUACCAUGUUUUUGACCAACACGUGGAUGAGGCAGUCCCAAGGGUGCGCUUCGCCAAUGACGACCGGCACCGCCUGGCCUGCUGCUCACUGGACGGCAGCAUGUCCCUGUGCCAGCUGGUGCCUGCCCCACCCACUGUGCUCCAUGUACUACGGGGCCACACACGUGGCAUCUCGGACUUCGCCUGGUCCCUCUCCAAUGACAUCCUCGUGUCCACCUCCCUCGAUGCCACCAUGCGCAUCUGGGCCUCCGAGGACGGCCGCUGCAUCCGUGAGAUCCCUGACCCCGAUGGCGCCGAAUUGCUGUGCUGCACCUUCCAACCGGUCAACAACAACCUCACUGUGGUGGGGAACGCCAAACACAACGUGCAUGUCAUGAACAUCUCCACAGGCAAGAAAGUGAAGGGAGGCUCCAGCAAGCUGACAGGCCGUGUCCUCGCCCUGUCCUUUGAUGCCCCUGGCCGGCUGCUCUGGGCAGGCGAUGACCGCGGCAGUGUCUUCUCCUUUCUCUUUGACAUGGCCACAGGAAAGCUGACCAAAGCCAAGCGACUAGUGGUACAUGAGGGCAGCCCUGUAACCAGCAUCUCUGCCCGGUCCUGGGUCAGCCGGGAAGCACGGGACCCCUCCCUGCUCAUCAAUGCCUGCCUCAACAAACUGCUGCUCUACAGAGUGGUGGACAAUGAAGGGGCACUGCAGCUGAAGAGAAGCUUCCCCAUUGAGCAGAGUUCCCACCCUGUACGCAGUAUCUUCUGCCCUCUCAUGUCUUUCCGCCAGGGGGCCUGUGUGGUGACAGGCAGCGAAGACAUGUGCGUUCACUUCUUUGAUGUGGAGCGGGCGGCCAAGGCCGCUGUGAACAAGCUGCAGGGCCACAGCGCGCCCGUGCUCGAUGUCAGCUUCAACUGUGACGAGAGUCUGCUGGCCUCCAGUGACGCCAGUGGCAUGGUCAUCGUCUGGAGACGAGAGCAAAAGUAGGGUCCUGACACCCUGUGCUGCCCGCUGAUCCUUCCUCUUUCACUCCAAUCUUGUGUUAUAAAUUAAAUUCCUGUGGUUGUGUUGAAGGGCAACGCCCAGGUCUCCCACAAGGAGGCAGUAGGGGGCACUCAGGCCUCCAGUGGAAUGGGGCCCAGUUCCUCAGUUGUGCAGUGAUGGGCUCAUCCAUCCAGCAAGCACAGGCUGAGCACUUACUGUGGUGUAUCACGCAGGCAUGCAGUCAGUAGACAGGAGGGAGGGCACCAGCCGUGCUGACAGGAGCUGUUCUGAGAAGCAGGGAUACAGCUGUGGCUUCAACUGACAGAAAUUCCUACCCCUGCAGGCUUGCAUCCCAAUAGAGGCAAGCAUACGGGAGACGAAAAUACAGCCAUUCCUUGGGGUAGAAUUUGCUUUAUAACUUUUCAACUUUAUGACUUUUUGACCUUCCAGUGGGAGCAAAGCACAUGCAUAUACCCAGUUCUGUUUUUUUCUCCUUUCAGUGUGGUGGUCAGUAAAUUUCGUGAGCUAGUCAACACUUUGUUAUAAAAUAGACUUUGCAUUAGGUAAGUUUGCCUUCCUGUAGAAUAAUGUCAGUAUUGUGGGAACAUUUAAGGUAGGUGACACUAAGCUAGGGUGCGCACGUGCGGUAGGUUAGGUAUAGUUUUGCAUUUUCAAUACAAGAUAGUUGAGGACAGAUUUGUUGGGAGUCUAACCCCAUGUGAUGAAGACACUUCUGUAUAUAAUAGGAUAGUUACAGAUGAAUGCUUGGAAGGAGAACAAAGGGAGGAGAGAUGAACUUGCCGGAACAGGACGGCGCGGUAGCUUUUUGGGGCAAUGUCAUUAAGAAUAGUGUUCCCAACAGGGUGACAUUUUAAAAAUCUGAAUGAAAUGAAGGAAGUUAUAGUGUGGGGGUAGGGGAACAUCCUUGACAUGAAGAAAGAUUAGUGCAGAAGCACCAGGCCUGGGGUAGGUCAGAGUGUGAUUGGCGGAGUGUGCGAGGUGACGUGAGACAGGUCUUUGGGGCAUCUUGGGCCAUAGUGAGGAAGGUGAGGUGGGCUCAGACAGCAGAAUGGAAAUCAGGUGCAGAAUGUUGAGUUCAACCCCAGGGCUUCCACUAGAUUAGGUUGUCAAACCUCCCAACAUUGGCAGCUUCUGUUUGGGUGGAGCCCACACCCACCUGUGUCCCACAAGCAGCGAGCGGAAGUGUGGAGUCCUUGGAGUACUAGACUAGCAUGCAGCCAGCCAUGGACUCUGGGGCUGAGCCACACCUCCUGCCCUGGGGUGGAAGAAACAGAAAAUCUCUAAGCUCAGCCCCGUCUCCAGCCAUCUCCACCCAGGGCCCUUCUUCUAGUCCCGGACCUGCUCAGAGACCAAAUACUAAUGUCCGUCAUUGGGUAUUGGCAAGGAAACAAAUUCCUAAAUCACUCUUGGUAGUGAGGUCAUGAUAAAAUUUGAAGGUUUGAAGAAUCACCCGGGCCUCUUGCAGUUCCCAUAUGCUGCUACAUUUGUAGCAGUUGGAACUGUAGUUAACAUUUGAGACCUCUGAGUCCCCAACCUGGUGAUCUACAGAACUAACAGCUGCUCUUUGAGGGAAAAAGAUCAUUUCCUGUUUGUUUCAUUUCUUGUUUAAGAGUAUUCUCACCUGCAGCCAAAACAUUGCUGACUCCAUCGGCCAGAUCUUAGGCAAACGGUUAUUAAAUUGAAAUGGCAGUGAGCUGGACUGGUCAUUGUAGUCCAAAUCAUGGAUGUGUGCCAAUAUCCCUAAUCUAGCUUCAAGGUCAGUGACUUUUCUAUGAGGACUGUAACUUAAUAUAGCUGGAAGGUGCAGCCCGAGAACAGUUAAGUGCUAAUCUCUUAAGAGACCCUCCUAAGGUUAGCACUUCAGACCUGUGUGUUGACUCUUUUCUGUACCAAAUGGAUGCACUUAUUCAACCAAGGUCUGUAAGUAGCAAGAGAAUCUGGGGAAAUAACAGUUUUCUCUGACUUUUGUGUUUUCUUCCCACUCUCCAUUUUCUUUAAUGAGUCUACUUUCGGGAUGAUUGGUAAUGAAUAUUGUUUGCAUGAUUUUGGGGGGGGUCCUUCUUGUGCAAUUUUUGAGGUGGCAGAGUUGACAUUCUACUUUAAAUUAUCUUGGUAACACUUUUGUCUCACAACCUGAAGGAAAAUAACCACUAAGCAAACAAGAAAGAAUAAAAAAUAAUGUUACUGCUCAAA